AUGUCCCUCACCACGCGCAUUUCCGCUCACGGGCUUAAGGCUCGCGCGACGACCACUCGCGCGUCCCGCCGCUCCGUCGUCGUGUCCGCGGAAGCGGGCGCGGAGCGCCCGGUGUGGUACCCGGGUAAGGCCCCGGCGCCGCACCUCGACGGCUCGCUCCCGGGCGACUUUGGCUUCGACCCGCUCUCGCUCUCCGCGGACCCGGAGAUGCGUAAGUGGAUGGUGCAAGCUGAAUUGCAGCACGCUCGCUGGGCCAUGUUGGGCGUCGCCGGCGCGGUCGCUCCGGAGUUGCUCACCAAGAUCGGCGUCGCGGACUUGCCGAACUGGGUUGACGCCGGCACGUACCAGUACUGGGCGCCGGCGGGCCCGCUCUUCUUCAUUCAAAUGGCGAUGUUCAACUGGGCCGAAGUUCGCCGUUGGCAAGACAUGAAGAACCCGGGCUCCAUGAACACGGACCCGCUCUUCGGUUACAACUCCAACGACACCAACACGGAUGUGGGCUAUCCGGGCGGCUUGUUCGACAAGCUCGGAUACGCCAAGGACCCGGCUAAGGCUAAGGAGCUCAAGCUGAAGGAGAUUAAGAACGGGCGAUUGGCCAUGGUUGCGUUCCUCGGCAUCUGCGCGCAAUACGUUCAAACCGGUCAAGGCCCGGUUGAGAACUUGUUCUCUCACAUCGCGUCCCCGGGCUCCGUCGGCUACUUCGGCAGCCAAGGUUUGUAA